CGUGUCCUGAAUUUACUUCCGGAAACAUGGAGGCUGUUGUGAGUGAUGUGGUCGCUCCCGAGGAUCUUUUAAAAUUUGAGAAGAAGUACAACAACGAGCUCUUGAAAGGAGCAGUGUCGAAGGAGACCAAGUUUGAGUAUGCGUGGUGCUUGAUCAGAAGCAAAUACACAGAUGACAUCAAAAAGGGAACUGUGCUCUUGGAGGAACUCGUUCAGAAAUCAUCCAAGGACGAUUCUAGGGACUUCCUGUUUUACCUGGCAGUGGCCAACUACAGGCUCAAAGAAUAUGAACGCGCACUGAAAUACAUCCGGACCCUUCUGAAGAAUGAGCCCGGGAAUAAGCAGGCUCUUGAUCUGGAAAAACUCAUUGAUAAAGCUUUAAAGAAAGAUGGACUGGUGGGGAUGGCGAUUGUCGGUGGGAUUGGACUGGGCGUGGCUGGGCUGGCAGGCCUCAUUGGGCUGGCAGUGUCAAAAGGAGCAGCUAAAUCAUAACAUGGAGCUUGGGUUGGAGUGUUUCAUUUUUGCUGGACUGACAGUGACUGACUCCUCUGCUGCAUAUAAAAUAACUCCCUGAAGAGAAAGUUUGCGUGGUUUGCUUGUACUGCAGCCUAACGAUGCCAGUGAGAAUACCAUGGUGGAGCCAGGAUGUCUAUAAUCGAUUUAUGUUGCAGGUUACUUUAAUAAUUUUGCACUUAUUGUUAAUUUGUGUACAUAUGAAGAGAUGGGACAGCCAAGUUUGCAUGCACCAUAAACAUUUAGCCUAUUCAUAAAGACGUGGUAGUAGAAUGUGUUUGCAGAGUCAUAGUAAGUGCAAUGGAGAUGAUAAAUACUUAAUCUUGAGUGUUUAAUUUUUUUAAUUACUCUAAAAUUAACACGUUAAGUCUUUUUUGACUGUCUGUUUUCCAUCUAAUUUAAUUCAUGUUUAUUUACAUUAAUAAAUCUGCUGUGCCAUAAGUUAAGCGUUAAAACUACUAGCACAUUUUGUGCAGUAUUGGAUUUGGAAAUUAUUUUAUUAUUUAUUUUUCAAGGAAGACCAGGCCAAGAGGUCAGCAACACACGUGAAGAGCAUUUACAAGGGAAUACAUAGAACAUGCAGUUCAAUUUUGAAAAGUCAAUAACAGAUUUAAAAUGUGGUAAUUUUUGAACUGUUGGAGGACAGUGCAUUAACUAAUGGAAUCAUGUUGUUUUUUUAAGUAAAAAAGAACAAAAUAUGUUGAAAGGAACAAAAUUGGAGCAAAAUUUUGUUUCAAACAAGUGUUCCAAGAGGAGGGAGCAGAGAAACUGAACUGAUAAUAACACUUCACUGAUACAAUAUAAAUAGGCUACUGUUACAAUUAAAACCAUAAAACAACACUGGAGCUCUUGUUGGACUUUUGUCUUCCUCCUGCGGGCUCUACUACACCCACAUAAAUGUUUAUAUUAUUUUAGGUGCAGUAGUAUCUCAUCAGCCCUGCUAUGGAAAUUUUGUGAUGAACUGACAAGAAGAUGUUUGUAUUAUGGACAGUUAAUGACAGAUUUGGAAGAGGCAAGGCUGUUUUUGAGUUUGAGGUUGGAAACAAAAAGCGGACAAUAAAGGAAACCGUUUCUCCGCAAUUGAAAAGGCUUUGAAAUUCCCUUAAGUAUUUUGCUUUUUGCCUUGGCACUCAAAGACAAUAGUGGUAGAUUCCUAAAGAUUACAUUGUGGCUAUACACAAAAACAUCUGGCUUGUUUAUGGAAUCGGUGCCAGCAAUGACCAAGUCCAACACUAGUACCCUAUUGUGUUGGAACAUCAACUAUUUGUUUAAAGGCAAAGCAAUCCAAAUGCUGUAAAAACCCAGAAGCUAUCCGACAGGAAGUCUUGUCAACAUCUAUGUUUAAAUCUCUGGGUCCUAUAACAUUGCCGGAUGUUGUAUAGAGCGUAGAAAGGAGGUUUGGGUCUGGUAUGAGCGAUGAAUAAGAAUAAACUUGGGGGUCAGGAGUUUACAUUUGAAGGUUCAGCAUUCAGUUGACAAAUAACAGAAGAAUUGAUGACAUAUUUCUCCCCCAUCAGGACCCCUGCAACAAGUUUAAAUAAAUUUUCUAUCCAUGCCAUUACCAAUUUUA